AUGUCACCUCCGCCGCCUGCGACGCUGAUCUCCGAUAUCCCGGACUCACUAUCAGAGACUGACCCCACUGCAAUGACUAAAACUUUUAUGCAUCUUUGGGCUGAGUUCGGAUGGUUCGAGGGUACAUCAAAGUACCCUAAAUUGUCUCACGCCGUUCUGCAAAUGGAAAGACUGUACGCAGGAUGGUAUAGGAACGAGACAGCAACAUCCUUUGUCAUGUCCGGGCUUAAUCCAUCGGCUUCAGCUUUCAAGUCGCUCCUUAGUAACCUGGACGAGAACAGCCUUGGUCCUAUCCAUGAUGCAUUCGAGUUUGUGGAAGGGCUUCCAAAACUCAAACUGUGGAUUGGUGAGGUGUCCACAUACGAUGAUUAUCUACACUCAGUGUGCAAACUUCUUUUCGACUAUUUUACUGAGGUUCAGAAAGAGGGAGUGGAUCCGGAGUGGAAGGAUUUUUCCGUUCGUCAUCAAAAGCAAUUUCUACGACUCGAAAAAAAUACUGAGGUUGAGAAAGAGGGAAUUCCUCUGGGCUGGAUAGAUUCUGCUGGUCGUCAUCAGAAUGAAUUCCGACGACGAAUGGGUAUCCUCUAG